AUGGGAAUCCGAGGAGCGAAAAGAUUGCUUCAAGCGCAAGCGAAACCAGUGGAUACGACUGAGUUGCAACAGUUCUCCGAGAUACCAGUUGAUAUAUCGCUCGACGGAUUAUCAUUAUUAUACGAAAGUCUUACGCCAGAAAAUCUAAAAGUUACUACUGACCCAUCAUACAUCGAUGGUUAUGAUGAAAACUUGAUGACCGAAUCAACCUACAAGAUGACUUAUAAUUAUGUAAACGAAAUUCAAUUGCAAUGUCCGGUGUAUAGAGUGAAAAUUUACAUCGAUGGACCAUCUCCUAGCUUGAAAUCAAAAAAUAUGUCAGCUAAUAGGAAGUUUGACUUAAAUUUGGCCAUAGAGCUCAUGUGCCAGAAGAUAAUUCAACGAUUGCCGUUCAACGGUGAAAGUAAGGUCAUUAAAUUACCAUUUGGAGAAGCCGAAUAUGAGUGCUUCUUGCGAAGGGACGUAUCGCGACCAAACAUCCUUAGAUCAAGAGACAGUGACCUUUUCCACAUAUGUUAUGGUUAUCAAAAACAAACAGCUAACGAUGCUGUUUUCUACUUUAAUCCUGAUUGGAACUGUAUGUAUAAUAUGUCGGAAAUAAAUUUAAACAUGCCAAAGUUAGUGUGUUCAACAAUUCUGUUUCUAAAAGGCACUGACCUCACAAAAAAAAUCUUGGAUGAAGAUAAAUGCAUGAAGGUGUUCCAAUUAUUUAAAAAUGAAUUUAAAAAUAUAAGUAAGGAAAAUAUAAUAGCCAUAAUGAAGGAAAUAGAAGCAGUUAGGCAUAUUUGUCGAAAGUAUCACGACAAAGAGCGGAAAAUACAAUCAAUGAUCACCGAAAAAAUUGAAUCACAAAGUAUUGAUGGACUAUAUGAAAUUGGAGAUGUAGAGAAAAUUGUCAAAAGUCUAGAGAAAAUAAUAAGGACAGCUCAAAGAAAAAAGAAAUAUUCGGCAAAUAAUAAUGUUUCUAGCGUAUUUGCAGUCCCUGAAGAUGAUUUGAAAAUAAUAACGUGGAGUGCCAACUACAGCCUAAUCGGGGCUCGGCUUAUUGGCUAUCAUACAAGGAACAGUGGCUGA